GCCUGUCCCUUUUGUUUAAUCCGUCGUCCAUCGCAGCGUGCGCGCCCACAACCCCACCUCUCCCCUCUCCCCCACCCUAAAUCGCGCCCCCACGAACUGAACUGAACGCCACAGCUAGCGUCACGACGGCACAUGAUACAGGCGCACAGCCCUCCCUCGUGUUUGUUUACUUCCACCUCGCCGUACGUUUCCUUCUUUAUAUCCGGCGGAUCGUCGGCUUGUCUCUAGCUGGUGGCGUCGAUCCAAACCUCUAGCUCCGGCGUCCGCCUGCUAGCUAGCUACCUGCUUCAUCCAUCCACACUGCCAUCUGCUAGCUAGUGCUUCUCCGGUUCUUGCUAGCUUUUCGUAUGGACGGCGAGUGGAGCGACGGGGCGAUGUCCGGCGGCGAGCACAAGGCCCGCGGCGACGGCGUUUCCGCGGACAGCAGCCCUGGGUCCCCGCCAGCGGCGCCGUCGACGGCCACGUCGUCGGCGCCUAGCGUUCCAGGGAGGAGGCGGUCGUUGCAGAAGCGGGUGGUGACCGUGCCGCUCGCCGACGUGAGCGUCCCGCGGCCCAAGGGCGUCGGCGAGGGCAACACCCCCACCGACUCGUGGGCAUGGCGGAAGUACGGCCAGAAGCCCAUCAAGGGCUCCCCCUUCCCAAGGGCUUACUACCGGUGCAGUAGCUCCAAGGGGUGCCCGGCGAGGAAGCAGGUGGAGAGGAGCCAGGCCGACCCAGACAUGGUGCUCGUCACCUACUCCUACGAACACAACCACUCCAGCGCGGUGGCGAGGGCGCAGAACCGCCCGGUCCAGAAGCCCAUCCACAAGGAGCAGCCCGCCCCGCCGCUUGAUCAUGAUCACCCUGCGGAUCAAUCCGACCACGCGCACCAAGUCGCCGCCGGCCACCAGAUCGUCACCGAGAGCCGCCCAGAAGCGCCUGCGGCCAUCGAGGUACACGACGAGUUCCGGUGGCUCUACGACGUCGUGACCGUCACCUCGUCGUCGUCGCCCUCGGAGGUCGAGGAGGCCGACGACAUGCUGAUGUACGGGCCGAUGUUCUUUGGCAAAGCGGCCGUCGGCACGGCCUCGCUCCUUCCCGACGAGUUCGGGGACGUUCUAGGCGGGGAAGGAGGAACAACGAGCGAGGAGGACGCCAUGUUCGCUGGGCUCGGCGAGCUGCCAGAGUGCGCCAUGGUGUUCCGGCGCAACGGCAUGGCGGGAGGUGUCAAGGUCGAGCAGCCGGCGGAGGGCACUGCCAUGACAUGAGCAUCACGUACGUGAUCUGACAUGUGGGACAUGACAUGAUCAUCCAAUAAGAUCGAUCGAGCAGAUAAACUCAUGGGGUUUUGGUUUCUUGUUCUCUUGCCCUUUGUUGGUUAGUUUCCUCACCACUUUCUUUUGGUUCUUUUAAUCAUACUACUGUACCACAUACAUUAGUACACAGAAGAUGAGAAGAAUCUGAGACAAUAGUAUUGCACAGA